AUGCGCCAGACCUUCAGAUCAGACCUACGAUCGAUUCCUGGUCCGUUACCAGCUCGGCUGACGGGCCUCUACAGACCAUUAAGACUGUAUAAAGGAAAUGCACCAGAGUUCUACCACGAGCUACAUAAAAAAUAUGGCCCAAUUGUCAGGACCGGACCAAACAUUGUAUCAAUCUCAGACCCAAGCGCUAUUGCGCCGAUUUACUCAAUUGGGAGCAAGUUUCUGAAGUCGUCCUUUUAUAAUGUCUUUGAUGUGUUUUACAAAGACAGUCCUAUGCCUAGCAUGUUUUCCGUCAGAGACCCCUCGCAUCAUCAAGCUCUUCGCCGCCCGGUUGCCCAGAAGUUCUCCAUGUCCUCUAUCAAGGCCAUGGAAGUCUUUGCCGAUGACUGUAGUGAUAUCUUCAUAUCUUGCAUGAAGCAGCUGGAAGGACAAGACGUUGAUUUGGGUGAGUGGCUUCAGUGGUACGCUUUUGACGUCAUCUCUGCCAUUACAUUUCAGCGACGUUUCGGCUUUAUGGAACAGAGGAAAGAUGUCGAAUCUAUGAUCAGUGACAUUAGUUCCUCCCUUGAAGCCGCAGCUAUGAUUGCUCAAGUACCUGCGAUUUAUCCCUGGACGAUCGGAAAUAACUACGUCGCCAAGCUCCUGGCGUGGCAACCGUUUAUUCGAGUCCCAGAUCCUAUGCGAACCGUAGUCAAGUUUACUGAAGACUGUAUCGAACAAUACGACAAGAACCCACCAGAACAAGAUCGACCUGACUUCCUCGGAUGGUUGCGACAAGAAAAUGCCAAGGGUGAGCAAAUGUCUCAGAAAGACUUGGUGAAUCAUUUGUCAAACAACCUUCUCGCAGGUAGUGACACAACGGGCAUAUCCUUACGAGCCACCAUCUACUACUUGAUCAAGAAUCCUGAUUGUUUUGCUAAAGCCCAAGCCGAAGUGGACCAGGCAGAUCAGGAGGGCAAGUUGUCAGAUCAUAUUUCCUAUGCAGAAUGUCUCCAACUCCCAUAUCUACAGGCAGUGAUGAAAGAAGCCAUGCGAUGCUGCCCGGGCGUCUCGUUCCCCCUUGAGCGCAUAGUUCCAGCUGGAGGCGCACAGCUCUGUGGCGUCCACAUACAAGAAGGGACGGUCGUUGGGAUUAACCCAGCAGUAAUCCACCGUGAUCGCUCCAUCUUUGGCCCAGAUGCGGAUGCAUUCAACCCAGAACGCUGGUUAGGUUCUGACACGGAGAAUAUCAAGAAGAUGGACCGACAUCUUAUGACAUUUGGCUACGGCUCACGAACCUGCAUUGGUAAGAAUAUUUCUAUCAUGGAAAUGGGGAAGCUUGUACCGGCUAUAUUGCGCAACUUUGAUAUUGAGUGGGCAAGCAAAGACCCUGAAUGGGUGGUCAAGACAUACUGGUUUGCUCGCCAGGAAGGUCUUAUUUGUAGACUCAGAUGGCGCAAGAGAUAA